AUGAAAAGGAUUCAUCUCUCUGGUUUCUUCUGUAUCCUUUCACUCCGGCCGCCGACGUCCCAUCGGCUACAAGAAGAGCAUAUCGGAGGGCAGAUUAUUAUCGCUUGGAUCAAUAUUCAAUCGGAUGCAUUUCCAGGAUUUGAACAAAUUUUAACACCUGCUACCCAUAAUAUGUGGAACUUUGCAUCUAAAUGUCUAGCUGGCACCGGUGCCCUAAGGUUUAGAAACGGGUUCAGAAAACUAAAACAAGGUGGCAAAGAAUUAUCAGAUGAUGAAGCUUCAUCCACAGUUAGUAAAGAUGAUGGACUAGAGUGCCCAAUAUGCUGUGAAUCCUUUAACAUUGUUGAAAACAUACCUUAUGUUUUAUGGUGUGGCCAUUCACUCUGUAAAAACUGCGUGUUAGCCCUUAACUGGGCCAUUGUGAAGGUCCCUCCUUUACCAAUCCAGUUGCCUCUUCUAAUAUCCUGCCCUUGGUGCAACCUUUUAUCCCCUCGCCUUGUAUUAAGAGGAAAUUUAAGGUUUCCGCGUAAGAACUACUUUCUUUUAUGGAUGGUUGAGAGAAUAAAUGGUGAGAAGGUGAAGUCUGACUCUGGUUCUUGUGGGGAAUGUGGUCCCCGCAAGAACCCGAACCAAUGUCAAUGUCAGACUUUAGUGAACGUGAAUGUUCACAGGCGUCAGCCGUUGGGGACCACCCAAAACAGUGGUGGUGGUGGGGUACAGUCUUAUGUUCAAAAAGGUUUGGUAUUUUUUGUUGAGUUAACGGCUAAGUUUCCAUUGGUGCUGAUAUUUGUUCUGAUUGUGUUAUAUGCGAUUCCUGCAAGUGCUGCGGUUUUGGGUUUGUAUGUUUUGGUGACUAUUCUAUUCGGUCUUCCUUCAUUUCUGAUGUUAUAUUUUGCUUAUCCGAGUUUGGAUUGGCUGGUGAGGGAAAUCAUGGCUUAGGGUUGUGAUUACAGUUGAUACGAAUAAUUAUAAUAAUAAUAAUAAUAAUAGAUCAUGCAUGGUUGUCAUGUAAAGAGUUUCUAUGUACUUAUUCUUUGUUGUGUAGAAUAUUAUGGUAUCGGGGAUCAUUCUUGCUCAUUUUCUGUUGGUGUAUUUGAAAAUUGUAUAUUGGAUUGUGUUAUGUCUAAAAUGUACAAGGUUUGUAUUGUAUUAUUUUUAAAUUGCUGCCUCAAACUGACUUGUCUAUAACAAAUUAU